GGAGGCAGGACUGUAAAUUUGCAGGCAUUGCUGACAUUUGUCCUUCCCUUUAGCCAAAAAAUCACGUCCCUUCACUUUCAGGUUUGGGUCACACUUCCCACACUGUUUUUUCUUGCCUGGAAACAGCUUUCAGUUAUGAACUGUGCAAAUCCCAAUCUUGAUCGCAAUGUUUUAGACUUUUAGUCUGCCUUUAGUGGAAAUUACUUUGAAAUCAAUGGUUAGUUCUCAACCAUUGUAGCUGUUUGGACAUUUCUGAGCUUUUCUUCAACGAGGAGGUCAAAAGGUGAAGACUUUUUCUUUUGUUGUUGAUGGGGUGGCAAAGAAAAUGAAGUUUGGCGAAAUGGGUACAAGGUGUUUGAUGAAUUCACAGUGCUGAUUUGAGAGGUGGCAGAUUGUCUGUUGGGUGGCUUGAGAGUUAAGAUGAAUAUGAGACAAAAGAGUGGGAAAGAUAGGAGUUUGGAUGCGGGAAAGAGGCUUGUGCUUGUUGCUGUUAAAGUCUCCAAAGAUAUCCCAAGAGCUGCUCUGAUUUGGGCUCUCACUCAUGUUGUUCAGCCUGGAGAUUGUGUGAAGCUUUUGGUGGUCAUUCCAAAUCAUAGUUCUUCAAGUAAAAGACUAUGGGGUUUCCAAAGAUUUGGGAGUGAUUGCACGGCUGCUCACUGGAAAUCAUUCUCUGGAACACGUCUAGAUCAGAAGGAUUACAUUACAGAUUCAUGCACCCAAAUAAUGCUUCAACUUAGUAAUCUUUUUGAUCCAGAUAAAAUAAGAAUGAAGAUUAAAGUCGUUUCUGGAUUAGACUAUGGGGUAGUAGCUGCUGAAGCCAAAAAAACUCAAGUUCAUUGGGUGGUGUUGGACAAGAGAAUGAAAAAAGAGGCGAAAAGUUGCAUGCAGGAACUGGAAUGCAAUGUAGUUAUGAUGAAAAAGUCUCGUCCAAAGGUGCUUCGUUUGAAUUUCAUUGGAUCACCGAGCACUGAUGCUGAGAUUAUCUCUGGAUCACAAAUAUCCAGGAAAAGUGUGGCUGAAAGCUCUGGUACCUGCAAUCAUAUUCGGGUACCGAAUGUGACUCCAGCUAGCAGCCCGGAGCAUAUAUCGUUUACAACGAGUGAUGCUAGGACAUCCUCGAUUUCAAGUGCAGACCUGGGAGCCUCUCCACUUGCUAUCUCCGAAAUCAAUUGGGGUCUAAAGAAAGAGGGCUUUUCUCCUUGUUAUCUGUUUGAUGAAUCUGACUCCGACACAGACAGUGAAAAUCUGAGUUCUCCUUCGACAAGUAUAUCUUCCAAGCAAUGGACGGCAGAUACUUUCAGUUCACCCAGUGAACAUUCAAAGUCCUUGAAGAAAGGUUCACAAAGAUCCAAAAAUAAUAUUCUAAAUUUUACAGUUGAAGAGGAUUUACAAGAGAAAUUCUUUAAACUUGAUCAAGAAUUUGAAGUAGGAGCAAAAGGCAGACUCGCCAUGGAACUAAGCAAGAAUGUGAGAAAACUGGUAUCGUUAUCAAAAAACGCUCCUCCAGAGCCUCCUCCACUAUGUUCAAUAUGCCAGCACAAGGCACCCGUAUUUGGAAAGCCCCCGAGGUGGUUUACAUUUGCUGAGCUUGAAACUGCUACCCGUGGGUUUUCUCGAACUAAUUUUUUGGCUGAAGGUGGAUACGGUUCUGUACAUCGUGGAGUCUUACCAGAUGGCCAAGUUGUAGCUGUGAAGCAAUACAAAUCUGCUAGUUCUCAGGGUGACCGUGAAUUUUGCUCAGAAGUGGAAGUCCUGAGUUGUGCUCAGCACCGGAAUGUUGUGUUGUUGAUUGGAUUCUGUAUAGAGGACGGAAGAAGGUUGCUUGUUUAUGAGUACAUUUGUAACGGAUCCCUGGAUUCUCAUCUUUAUGGGCGUAACAAAGAUCCAUUAAGCUGGUCCGCAAGACAAAAAAUUGCAGCUGGAGCUGCUCGAGGACUGAGAUACCUUCACGAGGAGUGCAGAGUGGGGUGUAUUGUUCAUCGUGACAUGCGGCCUAACAACAUUCUUCUUACUCAUGAUUUUGAGCCAUUGGUUGGAGACUUUGGACUAGCACGAUGGCAACCAGAUGGAGACUUGGGUGUGGAAACAAGAAUAAUUGGAACAUUCGGGUACUUAGCUCCAGAGUAUGCUCAAAGCGGGCAAAUAACUGAAAAGGCGGAUGUGUACUCGUUUGGCGUGGUGCUGGUGGAACUCAUCACAGGAAGAAAAGCUAUGGAUAUUAACCGUCCCAAGGGCCAACAGUGCCUGACCGAGUGGGCACGGCCUUUACUGGAAAAGCAUGCCAUUGUUGAUCUUGUAGACCCGUUCUUAAGGAACCACCGCUAUUUAGAGAAACAGGUUUAUUCCAUGAUGCGGUGUGCAGCAUUGUGCAUUCAACGAGACCCUCUUUCAAGGCCUCGGAUGUCUCAGGUACUUCGGAUGCUGGAGUGUGACAUUUAGUGGCAUUCAAGAAGAAUUUAUGCUCAGGAGUCAGGAUGGAUGCUCCACUGUCUAUGCUGCAGGAAUAUAUAUUCUCCUAUGAGACAAUGGAAUGGGAAUCCAAUGAAAUGGAUAAAAACAAUCUUAAUCCCUUUGUUGUAUAGUUGUGUAAAUUCUAGUAUGGGGGUUAUUUUAGCUCUUUAAUUUUUGUAGAAAAUGUUAAUCUGGUAUUUUCAUGCAGCGAUGAACUGUAGUAUAUGUUAGUAUAUGGUUAGAGGUGUUGAACUUACAUUAGUUUAAUGUGAAUUUUUGUGGUGUAGAA